AGCUAGCCUGUUUAAGCGUGAUAGCACAACUCUUCUAGUCUAUCCGUAGAUUAGCAGCUCGUUGUACAAAAAUGAAGGUUACAUUUAUUUUGUUUGCGUUUUUUAUGCUAGCCUGUCACGUUGCGCAGAGUCAUCAAACAACGGAAAACCAAGCGCCAAUUAGGAAAAGAAUACCUGCUGAACGUCAAGCAUCCAACCCUUCGUGUGAGCAAGGAUCGCCCCUAAAGUUCGUACCUUUUGAUGGAAAAACUUUAUUGGCCAAUCCCGAGAGAGGUUACUAUCAUCACCAUCAUAUUAAAUUGUUAUCGCACAAACCCAUCAGCCAAGAGAAUAUUAAAAAAUGGGCGAAAGAGGGCAUCACUCUAGCUUUGAUGAUUUUCGACAUCGAGCCAUUCGUGAAGAAAGACUUUACUGAUGAGGCUUUGAAAAAAAUGAAGCUCGAUUUCAGUACGCUGCGCAAGGCUGGUAUGAAGGGCAUUGUGCGAUUCAGCUACAAUCAGACGAACAUUAAAGGCAACCCCGACAACCACGAUUUCCCCAAAACGACCGAUGCAGAAAAACCUCAACUUUUGAAGCACAUUAAGCAGCUGGAAAAGGUUUUCAAGGAAAACGUUGAUGUCAUAAACGUCGUCCAACUUGGACUUAUUGGACACUGGGGCGAAUGGUAUUAUUCGAGAAAUUAUGCAACAGAAGUGAAGAAGGAUGGUCGGAAGGAAGGUUGGAAGGCGAACGAAAAACAGCAAAAAGAUCGUAAAGAUAUAGUUCAAGCUAUGAUGAAAGCUGUCCCAAAAAAUCGGAUGCUUCAGAUCCGCUAUCCAGCAGCAAAACAGAAAAUAUACGGCAAGGCUAAUACGAAACCAGACUAUGAUAGGUCUACGGAACCUUCGCGUCUGGGUAUCCAUAAUGACUGUUUCUUAGCAGACGAAACAGAUACAGGUACAUUCGCAGAUGAAUCGGAGAGAAAGUGGCUGGAAGAAGAAGGUCUCAGCGUCAUGGUGGGUGGGGAAUCGUGCGUAAAAAGUCCCAAUACAGGAUGCUCCAAUGCAAAAAAACAAAUCGAAAAACAGCGUUUUACUUACCUGAAUACUGAUUUCAACGAAGACGUCAUCAAAGAUUGGGUUAAGAAUAAAUGCUAUAACGAUAUAGGCAACAGAAUGGGUUAUCGCUUCGAAUUCGUUGGAGGGAAAUUACAAUCGACAGUGAAGAAAGGAGGCAGUUUCUGUGCCUCCCUCAAAAUUAAAAAUACGGGUGUGGCACCUCUUUACAAUGCCCGCCCUGUUGAGGUCAUUUUGAGAAAUGGAAACAAGAAAUCUGGGCCCAUUCGCCAAUCAAGCAUUGAUCCCCGUAAAUUUGCGCCUGGCAAAGAGACGACAAUUAAUUUGAACGUCCAGGUUCCUUCUGAUAUUGCUCCGGGCAAAUACGAAGUCAUUUUAAAUUUACCUGAUGAAUCACUAAAGGAUCCAAAGUACAGUAUCCUCUUUGCUAAUGGUGGGAAAGUCCAAGUCGAAAAGGAACGCUUUAAUGUAAUUGGUCAAAUAACCAUCCAGUAGGCUACAAAACCCAACUGUGUAUGGGUUCCUCUAUUAUCUUAAUCAUGAAAUAGUUGUGGAGGUGAAAUAAUAUUGCAAGUAGAAAUAUAAUUCAGCUUUCAAGCAAA